AUGCGAGUAAUAGACGAGGAGCGCCGACUCCCAGAGCGUAUGGUGGUUCCAGUGAAUGAGCUUGAUUUCGGCAUGAUGAAGGGUGAAUCUGAAUACCUGAUUUUGCACUCUGCGGAGCUUGUCCCAUCAAUCACCACCCAGAUCGCCAUGAACCUGCAGUUCAAGGAGAUUGAAUUGAGCUUCUCAGUCAAAGGCCGAGCAUUCCGAUUCCAGAUAAACACUGCUCAAGUGACGCAGGCUUUCCAUUUGGUCCAACAGGAUGGGUCUCAUUCGAUCAUCCUUACGCUCGAGAACCCACCGCUGGCGUUCAGAAAGAGCACCAACAUCCGGGCGACCCACGAUAAUGAAAGCUUGUCAUGGAACGAGAGCCGUGUAUGGUUCCGACAGACGGACAUUGAUGACGAUCCUAGAUCGAGAGAUCGUCCAGUGGAGUUGCGCAAGACGAACUGCCUUGUUGACUUUGGACGAUGGAAGACUUAUCGCCUGAAGUUCAGCGCAGGAGCAGUCGCAUCAGCAGACUACAAAAACUUCUGCCAAGCCCUUGCUGGCCACAACAUCGUACUAGCCAGGGACAAGAGCUUCACUUUCACUUACAGCCAGCCCAGUGAGAUUUGGAGCUGGUGCGAUGACCAGCCGACCAGCAACGAAGUUGUGGAGAGGUCCUUCUCUGCGCUCGAAGCACUGACCGAAUCCUUACACUACCUGCCAUUCAAGUUGCGCUACCAGCUGGAAGUCUGCUUAAGCUUAGGGCUCCUCCUUGAGUGCAAUAUUGACCGGGACUUCUUGAAGCGCCUCGCUGAGAUGGAUCUCACACGCGCUGUGAAGGUGCUCGAGAAAGUUGCAGACAACAAGGAGCGCGUGUACGAACCGAUGACCAUUUUCCGGCUCCAGAACCAAGUAUCAGUGGUGACGAAGAAGAAGCCGGACUACUGCACCGAAAUUGGCUCCGUUGUUGUGACACCUUCAACCAUCUACGCCGCCACCAUGGUCCGCGAGACAUCUAAUCGUGUCAUUCGUCAAUUUAAAGACUACGAGGAUCGGUUCCUGCGUGUGAAAUUCACUGAUGAGAGAUACAAGGGCAAGAUCUGGUCUUCUGAUGACAAUCGCAUGAACGAAGUGUUCUCCCGCAUCAAGCGCACCAUGACCCACGGCAUUCAGAUCGGCGACCGACACUACGAAUUCCUGGCAUUUGGCAACUCACAAUUUCGUGAACAUGGAGCUUACUUCUUCGCCCCUACCGAGAAGCUCACCGCAGAAAUGAUUCGCGAGUGGAUGGGCCGGUUCUCCCACAUCAGAGUGAUCGCGAAAUAUGUCUCACGACUUGGGCAAUGCUUUUCGACAACGAGAGCUAUUCCACACAAGGUCGAUCUGGGUCGUAGCGUUGACAUUGAGCGUAAUGGCUACUGCUUCACCGACGGCGCUGGUACGAUGUCUCCUUUUCUGGCUCGUAUGAUCGCUCUUCACCACAACGUGCCGAACUCUGAGGAGAACUUCCCUUCAGCAGUGCAAUUCCGUCUCGCAGGUUGCAAAGGUGUCCUUGCUGUUGAUCCUGCCCUCAAGGGCUUUGCGAUUCAGAUCCGUCCGAGUCAAGAGAAGUUUCCAGCCGAGUACCAUGGUCUGGAAAUCUGCAGAAUCUCCCAAUUCAGCACCGCAAAUCUGAACAUGCAGAUCAUCCUGGUGUUAUCUGCUCUCGGGAUUGACGAUGAAGUCUUCCUAGGCAAGAUGCGAGCCAUGCUAGUGGACAUCAAAGAGGCAAUGUCGGAUGAACGCAAAGCUUUGGAGCUGCUGCAAAAGAAUAUCGACUACAGCCAGACCACCAUCUUGCUCGCCACCAUGAUCUUUGACGGAUUCAUGGAGACGAAGGACCCGUUCAUGAUCACUUGCCUGCGGCUUUGGCGAUCGUGGUGCUUGAAAUACCUCAAGGAGAAGGCUCGCAUAUAUGUUGAGCAGGGAUUCUUUGGGCUUGCGGUCCCAGACGAGACCGGAACCCUACGUGGACAUUACGACAAGCCAGUAUCAGCCGACAGCGACAACGCUGAUACCUCAGAUGAGCACGAUGCCGGAAGUGAUGAAAUUGCAUCAGACGAAGACUUGCCUGAGAUCUUUCUACAGGUGCCCGAUCCUGAUGCACCUGGCAAGUACCGAGUCAUUCUAAGCAUUUGCAUCCUCGCACGCAACCCUUCGCUACAUCCUGGAGACGUUCGCAAAGUCCGCGCUGUCGACAAGCCCGAGCUCCAUCACUUGCGCGAUGUGGUUGUCAUACCUACGACCGGCGAUCGUGAUCUCGCCAAUAUGUGCUCGGGAGGCGAUCUUGAUGGAGACGACUUCAUGGUGAUUUGGGACCCUAACUUCAUACCUCACGGAGCUAGUCACCCACCGAUGGACUAUACUUCACCUGAUCCAGUCACCAGCGAUGGUCCAGUGAGCGUGGACGACAUGACUACGUUCUUCGUCAAGCACAUCAAGAAUGACAACCUUAGCAGUAUCGCAGUCGCUCACCGCUACUGGGCAGAUCAGCUCGCGGAUGGUGUCAAGGACGCAAAGUGCAUUGAGCUUGCCCAGCUUCACUCUAAGGCAGUCGAUUACCCAAAGACUGGUGUGCCUGCAGUCAUGACGCCUGGCCUCAAAGUGCAGAAGUGGCCACACUGGUCUGAGCCUAAGAACAAAUCAAAGUCGAAGAUCUAUCACUCGAAUCGGGUCCUUGGCAAGCUGUACGACGAAGUGAAGAAGGAACCCUUCCACGCCGCCUGGGAUUUGCCUUUUGACCAGCGCAUUCUGACUGCCUGCGAGCCUAGUGACCGGAUGCUUGCGGAUGCACGCGAGGUCAAAGCAGAGUACGAUGAAGCCAUUCAGCGUAUUAUGACCCAGCACGGCAUCAAGACCGAGUUCGAGAUCUGGACCACAUUUGUACUCGAUCAUCACCAAGAGAUUGGCGACUACAAGUUUUCCGAGACCAUCGGCGCGAUUGUCACUGCGCUUGUAGAAGAGCAUCGUGAGCGGUGCAAGGAGAAAGCUGGCAUCAAAAGCUCGAACAAGGAAGCGGCGAAGCAUGGCGACGACAUAUUCUCCAUCGUCAAAGCUCGAGCUAAGCAGAAAGAGCAGGACGAUAAGCAGCUGGAACUUUUCAUCGUUGCCAUGUACAAAGUCACGGCCGAAGAAGUCAAGACUGCCCACGACGAGACGAAAAUCAUGCGGGAGAAAGGCGGACGAGACGUGCCAUUGCGGGCCUUGACUUUCAAGACCAUGCCUUUCAUGUCGUUCCCGUGGAUUUUCGCUCCUGAGAAGCAGCGCAUCGACUUACUCGGAGACAAUUUCGAGUUGCCGUCUUUGCCUGAGACGAGUCUUAGCACUGAAGCUGGUAAUGUGCAGGAGGGCGAUGUACUUGGUAUUUUCGGGAAGAGCACUGGCAUUGGUGGAGGAGGUAACACGAAGUCAGAUGAGCUCCUGAUCAGCACUGAUCAGUCGCGCAAAGCAUCAAUGCCAGCUUCGGAAGGAACACAAUCUCGAUCUGCUUCACUCGAACUCGCAGGUCUGCACGAGGCUCUGCCGGUGAAUAGAAAGCCAGCCGCUCAAACUAUCGAAUCAAUGUGGAAAACAUCCUCACCCCAGAGUCUAACCACAGAUAUCGGAUCACACGCUUCGCCUCCCGAGUCAGGUAUACUGAGUGCUAUCCCCGACAAUCAGUUCCCGGGCGAAAAUAAGGAAGAAUCAAUUGCCCAGACAAUCGAGGUCGGCGGCGAUGCUAAUGAGCCCGAGUUCGAGAUCCUACCAUCCACUAUCGAGGACAAGUUCGCCUCGCUUUUCGGCGACGACGACGAUAACUCCCCAUAAAACCCCUAGCUAGCUAUUAGAAAGAAAGGGAGCGUUCAAAUUCUUCCAGCAAAUCGCCUCUUCUUUACAGCCACAAUUGAAAGCCCCCUACAUCAUCCCCCUCUUCGGACUAGCACAAGCAAACCUCUUCUCCAUCUCCGCCCAAAUCUUCUCUUUCCGAUCCAACGCCUCCCGUUCCGCAGCCAUCGCUUUCCUCGUCCUUGCCUCCGCGCGCUCCAGUCCUGCCCUCGCAGCUCGUAAAUCUCGGACUAAUUCUUCGUCCGAGCGUGAACUCACGUCUGGUCGAGUCGUGUGUGAAGGUAUUGUUGUUUGAGGAACUCGUCGUGGGGUUGUUGUUGUGAACCUUCGCUCCGAAUCCGAAUCUGGACUUUGAUGAUAAUAAUCGAUUUCCAUUCCCAAACCCAGGAAAUUUUCCUCUUCGGUCUGUGUGGGGCGUUGAGGAACGGGAGAAAGUCUUGAGGUUUGUUUCUUCGUCCGACGACGCUCAUCGUUACUUUUCUUCGAAGGGGGAGAUUUUCUAGGUGGUUUGCUUUUCACCACCACCACGCGUCGUUGUGCCGAAGAAGUUGGAACGUCUUGAUAGAUUGCUGGGAUUUCAUCGGGUCCGGAACUCGAAUCUUCGUCUAUGCUUUCUUCUUCUUCUUCCAUGCGUGAUGAUGGUGAUGGCGGGGUAUGACGAUGCUCGUGCUCGUCGUUAAAAGAGACAUUUGCAUUCGCAGAAGUUCGUGAACGAGUUACGUAUUGUCGUUUUGGGGUCGUGAUGUCGUCUUGUUCUUGAUAAUCUGGAUCUUGAAGGUCGCGUUUUUCGUUGCUUUUCAGUGCUCGUUGCAUGUACUGUUGGGAUAGAGUGGACGAAGGGUUUUGAUGGGAUCUUCGCGAUGAUGGUAAGGGUUUGGGUUGUGGUGGUGGUGGUGGCGGUGGAGCGGGAGAGGGAGAGGGUUCAAGUUCUCUUUCUUGCUCUGCUUUCUCCUCGGCACGAAGGCGUUGGUUCUCUUCAUAUGCUUCACGACUGACGGUUUGCGUAUCUUGAGAGAAGGUCCAGGAGCUAGGAAGGGAGCCGUCGAAGAGCGAGUCUUGGGUCGUGUUGGGCUCCUGUACAGGAGAGACAGCGGAAGUCGGUGCUGCUUGCAUUCUCUUUCCAGGUGCGAAGAUGCGUUUCACGGGGACAUUGGUGGGUCGUCCAGUCGCGAAAAUGUUGCUGAUUCUAUGUCUUUCACGAGCAUCCGCAGUUGUGGUUGCCAUGUUGAGUCAAGAAAGCUGAAGCUCUUUUUCGUCCUGCUCUGUCGAAGAGGAUUAAAGUGCAGCAGAGACCUCAAAAGCAAGUCCGUCGACAGAUACAAUCAGCAAAGAUAAGUCCAGUCCAGAACAAUCGGCCCUCGUCACAGAUAUAUGCGUGGUGCAG